CGCAUUUGUUUUCGCCUUCAGUGUAUAUCCUAUAAAUUCAGCGCUUCUUCAAUUACUCAUUAACAAUCUUUUAAAAUUUCCUGCUGUUAAUUCGUCUUCAAGAAUUUAUACUGUUAUAACGAACUCAUUACUCAUGGCCGGUAAAUCGGCAGCCGCCGGCAAGGCCGGGAAAGCUUCCGCCACCGUUAAGGCCAGGAAAUCAGCCGCUACUGGCAAGGUCCCGAAAGCUUCCGCCACCGUUAAGGCCAGGAAAUUAGCCGCCACUGGGAAGGUCGGGAAAGCUUCCGCCACCGUCAAGGCCAGGAAAUCAGCCGCCACCGUUAAGGCCAGGAAUUCAGCCACCACUGGCAAGGUCCGGAAAGCUUCUGCCACCGUUAAGGCCAGGAAAUUAGCCGCCACUGGUAAGGUCGGGAAAGCUUCCGCCACCGUCAAGGCCAGGAAAUCAGCCGCUACUAACAAGGCCGUUAAAGAUGCUGGCAUUAAGAAAAUUCGCAAUCCAAGCUAUUCUGAUUUGAUUAUUGAGGCAAUUAGUACGUUGAAGGAGAGGAACGGAUCGAGCCAGCUGGCCAUUGCGAAGUUCAUUGGGGAGCAUAAGGAUUUGCCCCCGCCCGCCUUAUUUAAGACGCUCUUGGCUGCCAGAAUUAAAGAACUGCUCGCCUCUAAAAAGAUUAUGAUGGUGAAGAGGUCCUAUAAGCUUUUUACCCGUCCAAAAUCCGCCGCCGCUGAGGCUGGUAAGCCCAAGGCUUUAAAACCUGCAGUAGCAUCGAAGAAGAAGGCUACGCCUGCCGCCGAGGCUGACAAGCCCGAAGCCACAAAACCCGCAGUACCACAGAAGAGGAAGACGACCACUGCCGCUGAAAAGCCAAAGGCUGCAAAGAAGACAAAGGUUUCAACUCCUGUUAAAAAAACCUCGUUCAAGCCCGCCGCACUGAAGAAAAAAUUGGUGAAGAAGGCGGUUGUAUCUAAGUUGAAGACUCCUGUUAAGAAGGCAGCCGUAUCUAAGUUAAAGAAGACGCCGGUUAAGAAGGAGUUAAAGAAGACGCCUGGUAAGAAGGCCAAGAGUAUCAAGCCCCCUGCCAAAAAGGCUAAGAAAUGAAGUUAGUUGCCUGAUUGGUUAACUCAGCACUCUCGGGUAGGAUUUGUAAAUUUUGGGUUUUGUGAUAAUUUGAUAGUUUUUGCUAUGAUUUGGGUUUUCGUUGACACCUUUGAUCGAUGGUGGUAGUAGCUUUUGGUAUUGAUGUUUCAAUUUAUGUGCUGAAAUGAAAAGAGUUGCAUUCCCGUUGAUGUUUCCUAGAUGUUUCAACUUAAAGAAUGCUGUUAGUUUCCAUUAGUUUGAUGUUCUUUAACCACAAUACGGUGAAGAUAUUCUUUAAUGUGCUGAAAUGAAUU